AGCCUUUAUAUUAUCAGAUGUAAAUAGGAAGACUGGACGCCCGAGGAUUGCCGUUGUCUAAGUCUGUGAGAACUAUAACCAUCAAUGCUAAAAAUGUCUCCGAAAGUAUUGUCUUGCUGGGUGUUAGUCGUCAUGGUGUUCAUCAUUCGGAGUUCCGUGUCGCCUGUCGACAUCGAGCAGCCCAUCGUGAAGACGUCGACCGCGACCUUCCUGGGAAAGCGACUCGAUAUUCGACCUCAUCAGCUUCCGAACGACUACCAUCGUAGUGUAUCAGCCUUCACGCGGAUCCCCUACGCCGAGCCGCCCGUAGGCCAACUCAGGUUCACAAGCCCCGUCGCGAGAGUUGUCAAGGGGGAGUUCGACGCAACUCAAACACCUGUAGCAUGUCCGCAGAAGACGGAUCAUGACUUUUGGAAAAUCGAACUCGAUUUCUCGGAAGAUUGUCUCACACUGGAUGUAUUCGUUCCUGAGCCAAAGCCGAAAGAUGCAGCCGUGAUGAUGUGGAUACAUGGUGGUGGAUAUCAUUUGGGGGCGGGCUCCAUUCCUGAGCUGCUUCCUGCACCAUUGGCUGCAUACAAUGACGUCAUUGUGGUCACCAUCAAUUACAGACUUGGACCUUUAGGGUUCCUUGCCACUGGUGACGGUUCGAUACCAGCAAACAUUGGAAUGUUAGAUCAACGACAAGCUCUUAUCUGGAUUCAAGAUAAUAUUGAAGCAUUCGGAGGUGACCCUAACAGGGUGACGAUCUUCGGGGAGAGCGCCGGGUCGGCAAGCGUCAACUUACACCUUCUAUCUACCAUGAGUGCUGGUCUCUUCUCUCGAGCAAUUAUGCAGAGUGGAGCCCUAACCGAUACCUGGACCCAUCACGCUACCAUGUUUGAAGUCGUCAAGAUGACCUAUGACAUGGGCAAGACACUGGGAUGUGACGUCACAACAUCAAGUGCUUUGGUACGAUGUCUUCGAGCCAAACCGGUUGAAGAUUUCAUCACUAUUUACGAAGGGGAAUCACCGGGUGUCUUAUCUGCUCCAUUUUACUUUCAUCCCGUGGCUGAUGGGCAGUUUCUGUCCGAUGACCCGAUCAAGAUGGCAUCGGAGGGAUCGUUCAAUCAAGUUAACGUCAUGGUUGGCUGCACGAAGGACGAGGGAUCGGUGUUUACGCUGCCCAUGGUAACAGGUGGGGGCCUGAUCGAGCCACCCUCAAUGAACCUGUCAACCUUCCGCCAGAUGAUUGCAAUGAAUCUCAGGACCCAAGACCCUCUCACACUGGACCUUGCUCAAAACAUGUUUGCCACCCCAGAACAGCUUGCUGAUCCUGAUGCAGACUACCUUUCUUCGGUCAACAAACUCAUCGGUGAUAAGAUGAUGUUGUGUCCUACAUUUGGCAUGUCCGAGGACCUUUCGCGGGCUGGCCGAAACGUUUAUUCAUACGUAAUGACUCACAACCCCGCAAUCUCUGUUUGGGGUAGCCAGUACGACUGGUUAGGUGCCUCCCAUACUGAGGAUAUUCCGUAUGUCUUCGGCGCUCCUUUCCUUCGACUGCCAGAGGACCCACCAGAGUGGGCUGGUAAAUUCGGAAACGAACAGGAGGUCCAGAUGUCCCUUCAGACCAUGAAAUACUGGUCCAACUUUGCCAAGACCGGAGAUCCAAAUUUGUCUUCAAAUCUUGAAGAUGCCGCUGGUUCUAAGUACACUUUCUGGUCCAAAUCUACCCCGUCGGACCCAAGUUACAAGGAACUCUCUCCAUCUUUUGAAAGCCGUGCAGGAACGGCCAAUGCAAAGGAGUGCUAUUUCCUGAAUAAAUUGGUCCCAUCCCUCCUUAAAAAUGCAGAUGAGAUGGCGCACCUAAAGUCUCUCUUGGAGGAAAAGGUCAAAGAAACCAGCCAAGCAUCGUGUGUCGACCCUCAAUCCUGCCCUGAACAGUGAGAAGAUUGGAUCACAUCUUCGUCGUCAUCACCAUAAUAAUAAUAAUAAUUAUAAUAUUUAAUGUUUAUA